AUCUAAUUAGCUGCUGACUGUAGCUGGCUGACUAACGUUAUCGCGCAGUUAUUUUAGCUACGCAGAUAAUCACACCGUCAGCAUUGAAGAUUAGGGUAGUUUAGCUAGUCUUCGGGUUAUAUUGUUCAGCUGCUAGUUUGUGAAGUUGUUUAGACAUGCAGAGGGUUAAAUUGAAAGGGAUAAAGUCGCCUAGUUGGAGUGGGAAAUCCCCAAUGUAGAAAGUAAACAACACCGACUUGGACAAUCGGAUUAGUUGGUAUAAACAGCCUCAAACUAAUGACUGCAAAAUCGUUGAAAUGUUUCACUACAAGCCAGAAUGUUGAAUAAAAAUACAUUUGAACUUAAUCUACCGGUUGACGGUGGUGUUGGUCCUUUAGAUGGUCGAAAUUUGAGACACGCCCUGCAUUGUUAACCUGACUUCUUAGAGCGCUGGGUGUUUUUACUGAUUGACCCUUCAUUUAACUAGGCAAGUCAGUUAAUAACAAAAUCUUAAUUACAACAACGGCAUACCAAAACGUCUCCUGCGGGGACGGGGUCCUGGGGUUAAAAUAGAUAAAUAAAUACAAUAUAAAUAUAGGACAAAACACAUAUCACAACAAGAGACACCUUGGUUUGUUUACGUUUCUACGUUUGUCUAGAUGACGUAAACCUACAGCUCUGUCUAGUGGUGACGUCAGGGACAGCAGUUGUUGACAACUGUAGCAAACCCUAACUAUGUUCCCUAACUGAAACCUCAUUCUCCUAACCUGCUACGUUAAUUCACUUAACCUGCUACGAAAACAAACCAUGUGUGCUGACAAAUUGUCUGUAAGGUCCCUCAGUCGAGCAGCGAAUUUCAAACACAGAUUGAACCACCAAGUAUCACCCCACCCGUACUGAAGUUGGCAUUUCAAUUACCUGGCACAUGCACAAAACCAUGUAAAUGGCCUGCUUGACUUCAUUGGACUGAGCCAUAAUAAGAACAACCCAGUUAGUAUGCCCAUUGCCUGCAUGUACUUCCGUCAUGUGCUCAUGCCUUCAGUCAUGAACGAACAUGUGUGCAUGCGAUGCAUGCAGUCUAACUGCAGUCUGCAGGUACAACGACUUCAGAAAGCAUUCAUACCCUUUGAUUUAUUCCACAUUUUGUUGUGAAAAAAAUAGUAAAUGUCUGUUUUUUUUUACCCAUCUGCCAAUGGGUGCCCUUCUUUGUGAGGCAUUGGAAAACCUCCCUAGUCUUUGUGGUUCAAUCUGCAUUUGAAAUUCCUGCUCCACCGAGGGACCUUACAGAUAAUUGUGUGUGUGGGGUACAGAGAUGAGAUAGUCAUUCAAAAAUCAUGUUAAACACAUUUUUUUUUGCAUAGAGAGUCCAUGCAACGUAUUGACUUGCUAAGCACAUCUAUACUCUAACUUAUUUAGGCUUGCCAUAACAAAUGGGUUGUAUACUUAUUACCUCAAGGCAUUUCAGCUGUACAUUUAUUUUAUUAAAUUAUAUUUCGAAAAAUAUAAUUCCACUUUGACAUUGUGUGGUAUUGUGCAUAGACCAGUGACCCCAAAACAUCUAAAUGUCAUAGAAAAUGUGGGAAAGGUCAAAGGGUAUGAAUACUUUGAAGGCGGUGUAUAUGAACUGUUUAGCUCAUGGGCCAGGUGAUAGAAACGCCAACGUCAGUACCUGGGCUCUAAAGGUCGGCUGAACGAUACUUUCCUGUGGAUAUUUUGUCUCACAUUUCGAGCAGCUGAAAGACAAGUCGCACAGAAAACAGUUGUCUCUACUACCUCUACCACAGUGACAAAGUGUUGAGGCAGAGGACCAUGUUAUUCAAACCACUCUGAAGAUAGUGUUUUAAUCGCACUUUUAAAAAAAAUGGACACACUGAAAUCCUCCCGUGUUUAUUUCGAACGCUAAUAAAUGUGAUCAUUAUUGAUCAUUUUAUAUACAAGGGAAAUAACUAUCUUAUUGCCAGACAGUGAGUGACACAGUCUAUUCCCAUUCACCUCAAUGGAAGUUCCAGUCACACCAAUACUACCCUCUAACUCUACCCUGCCAACACCUUUCCCUCUGCACCCGGCCGUGGCCCCAUCAGUCCAGCUUGGAUUUACCAUCCUCUACACUACUCUCUACGGAAGUCUCUUCUUGGUAGUCUACGUUCAGCUCUGGCUCCUCUUUCUCUACCGACACAAGCGCUGGAGCUACCAGAGUGGGUUUCUGUUCCUCUGUCUUCUCUGGGCGGCUCUUCGUACAACUCUGUUCUCUUUCUACUUCCAUAAUGCCCUGGAAGCCAAUCACCUGGCCCCAGUGUUUUACUGGCUCCUUUACUGCUUCCCUGUCUGUCUGCAGUUCUUCACCCUCAGUCUCAUCAACCUCUACUUCACUCAGGUAUUACUCAAAGUGAGAGAGAAGUACAACCCUGACACUGAACCCGCCAAUGGACUAUGUUGGGCGCGGUGCUUCUACACCACCCUGAGUGGUGUGUUCCUGUGUGUCAACGUGGUGUGUGCUGCUCUCGGCUGGAACGGGGGCAGUGGAGGAGCAGGAACUAAAACAUGGAGUCUGGUUCUGAUACGAGUGCUGGUCAACGACCUGCUUUUCAUCUUUGAGGCUGUCUGUCUAGCUGCACUACUGCUUCUGUUAACCCGACGCUCCCCAUCCACCAGCCCUUACCUGCACAGUAAGGUGAUGUGCCAGACUGCAGUACUAGGAGCAGGUGUAAUCUUGCUCUUUGCUAGUCGAGCAUGUUACAACCUGGCUGUUCUCAUACUGUCCCAGAAUCACAGAGUGGAGUCCUUUGACUUUGACUGGUACAAUAUCUCUGACCAGGCUGACCUGCGUAGUGAACUGGGAGACCGGGGUUACUUGGCGUUCGGUGUAAUUCUCUUCAUAUGGGAGCUGCUUCCCACCAGCCUCCUCAUCCUCAUCUUCAGAGUCCGCCAACCGCCUAAAGAAGAUGGCUGUAGUAUGCCCAACAGCAACAGAGUACCCCGGCCGUACUUCUUUGAUGACCCAGCAGGGGAAGACGCUGACUCGGGUGUUCCUUGGGUCAACAGCUCACAUCCACACCAAAGCUGGUAUGGAUCCAUCAAGGAGACGACACCUCUCGUCUUCGCCAGUAACCCUCUGGACCAGAACCAACACCACUCCUUUUACUCUACACCACAGAACUAACUGAUCCUCUGUCCCAAAUGGCACCCUAAUUCCCUUUUUAUAGUGCACUACUUUUAACCAGGGACCAUAGGGCUCUAGUCAAUUGUAGUGCACUAUGUAGGUUAGAGGAUGCCAUUUGGGACGCACAUUGAUCCUGUCUGUCUGCAGUGAAAUGCUGAAGCGCUCUAUCUCAGGUUGCUGAAAAGGCGUUGCGCGGUCGAUCCAACAUACUUUGGUCAUGCAGCAUUUACAGUGAGUCGGCGCGUCCGUACUUCGCCGAGCUGUUGUCAAGGAAGUGACUUUGUGUUUUUAUACAGAACCUCCCGCCCUCGCCUACCGUCACCCAAUCAUGUCAAUGCGGAGCGAUGUGGAACCCUCUGCAUUGUUACAUUUGGGGAGGCGCACGGCGAUUGUGGUCCGGAGCUCAGUUUGGCCUCUGGAGGCUCUUGCAAUUGUCACACCCUCCCAUACGGAGCCUCAAACCACAUUUUCAAAUCCACCAUAAAUUGUCUUUGAUCGCUUUCAGCUGCAGACAGCAAUACCUCCAUUCCAAUUGACUGGUGUUUUUGCACACAAAAAAACAACCUCAUCACUAAAUAGAGUAACUAUGCACCUUUUAUUUUAUUGAUCAACUGAUGACCGUCAUCUCCAACAGAGCCUCGUUUUUUGUGGGGGGGGGUUUUAUUCUUAUGAUUGGUCGCGAUGUGUUUUGUCCUCUGACCUGUGUAUUCAUUAGAUCUGAUUGCAGUCUCUGUGCUAUUUCAUGUCAACUCCUUGUCCGUCAAUGCCAUGUCAACGGAGGUGGUAAGAGGACAAACACUGACACUCAGGCUAUAUUCAUUCCAUUACAGAAAGUUUAUUUUCAAAUUUUCUGACAGGACUAAAUGUCAUUAUUUUGUAAAGGUAUUGUUUCCUACUUGCCGUCUAGCUUAAAGGCACUGUAAAAAUCGGCAUGACCACUUUCAGAAGUAAUGCAGACAACAGAUUAGUUUUGUCAUUUUAUGUGAUUGUACAUUGAAGUAAACUAACUUAUUUAAUCAGAUAUCACCUGUCGUUUUAGCAGUUAUGGACCAAAUACCUCUUCCUUCUCACCAGCAUCCAUUUUAUAAGGGAAUUUUCUAGGUGCUUCAUAGCUAAACAGAAUAUACUCAGAUUGUGUAAAUGUGUGAUUACACUGAACAAAAAAAGCACAACAUGUAACGAGUUCUCGUGUUUCUAUGAGCUGAAAUAAAAGAUCCCAGAAAUGUUC